UUCCAUUUCUUUUAUGUACAGGUUUUUCUGUUUCCAAGCCAGGUGUAAUUCCUGAAUUGGAACAAGGAGUCCAGGCCUAGUAGGUGGAGAGUGUAGUGACAAGAGGAUUUGUCCAGCUCUGGCUUCUCUGGACUCAGCUACUGAGGAUGAUUGGCAGUUCUAAAACCAUGGGCCGGGUGCCACUGACAUUCAGUGAUGUUGCCAUAGACUUCUCUCAGGAGGAGUGGGAAUGCCUAAACUCAGAUCAGAGGAAUCUGUACAGAGAUGUGAUGUUGGAGAAUUAUACUAACUUGGUAUCACUGGACAUUGAUUUCACAAGUGAGAGCAACAAAUUAUCUUCAGAAAAAAGCAGUUAUGAAGUAAAUUCAUACCAUCGGGAGACAAUGAAUAGAAGUAAAACCUUCAACUUUAUGGCGUUUAUUUUCAGAAAUGACUCACAGAACAGAACUAAAUUUGAAAGACAACAGGCACCUAAAGUGGGAUAUUUUAAUCAAAUGAUAUUCAGAAAACAUAUAUCCUUUCCUCUACAUCAAAGACUUCACACUAAAGAGAAGUCAUAUGAACGUAAGGAAUGUAGAAAGGGCUUUAGGAAAUAUUCACACCUUACUGAACAUCUGAGAGACCAUAGUGGUGUAAGACCCUAUGAAUGUAAGGAAUGUGGAAAGGUCUUUAUAGUUCUCCAGCAUUUUAUUAGACAUAAAAAAAGUCACACUGAUUUGAAACCCUUUGAAUGUAAUGGAUGUGAGAAGGCCUUUAGGUUUUAUUCACAGCUUAUUCAACAUCAGAUAAUUCAUACCGGUGUGAAACCCUAUGAAUGUAAGCAAUGUGGGAAGGCCUUUAGACGUCAUUCUCACCUUACUGAACAUCAGAAAAUUCAUAUUGGUUUGAAACCCUACAAAUGUAAGGAAUGUGGGGAAACUUUUAGGUUGUACCGACAUAUGUGUCUCCAUCAGAAAAUUCAUCAUGGUGUGAAACCCUAUAUUUGUAAGGAAUGUGGAAGGGCCUUUGGUCAUCGUUCAAGUCUCUAUCAGCAUAAGAAAAUCCAUUCUGGUGAGAAACCAUAUAAAUGUAAACAAUGUGGAAAGGCCUUUGUUCGCAGCUAUCUACUUAUUGAACAUCAGAGAAGUCAUACUGGUGAGAGGCCUCAUGAAUGUAAGGAAUGUGGAAAAGCCUUUAGUAGGGGCUCAAGCCUUCUUAAACAUAAGAGAAUUCAUAGUAGCGAGAAACUCUAUGAUUGUAAGGAAUGUGGGAAGGCCUUCUGUAGAGGCUCUCAACUUACACAACAUCAGAGAAUUCAUACUGGCGAGAAGCCCCAUGAAUGCAAAGAAUGUGGGAAGACUUUUAAGCUCCAUUCUUACCUUAUUCAACAUCAGAUCAUUCACAGUGAUUUGAAACCAUAUGAAUGUAAACAAUGUGGGAAAGCCUUCAGUCGUGUCGGAGACCUUAAAACACAUCAGUCAAUUCAUGCCGGGGAGAAACCUUAUGAAUGUAAGGAAUGUGGAAAAACCUUUAGACUUAAUUCUCAACUAAUUUAUCAUCAGACAAUCCAUACUGGUUUGAAACCAUAUAUAUGUAAAGAAUGUAAGAAGGCCUUCCGUUCUAUCUCAGGUCUUUCUCAACAUAAGAGAAUUCAUACUGGUGAAAAACCUUAUGAAUGUAAAGAAUGUGGUAAGGCCUUUAAUCGUAGCGAUCGACUUGCUCAGCAUCAGAGAAUUCAUACUGGUGUGAAGCCACAUAAAUGUAAGGAAUGUGGGAAAGCCUUUACUCAUUGCUAUCAACUUACUCAACAUCAAAGAUUUCACAUUGGCGAGAAAGUCUUAAUGUAA